GGUUCCAUUACACCAAAGACGUGGUUCGAGUCUUUCAGAACACUCGUCAGAUGGCUCCGGCGGCGACGGUGCAGGCGAGGUGCCUGCUGGCCGCGGCGCUGCUCCUCGUGGUGGGGACCCGCGGCGGCGGCGCGCAGCCGCUGGUGCCGGCGGUGAUGACGUUCGGCGACUCGUCGGUGGACGUCGGGAACAACGACUACCUCCACACCAUCAUCAAGGCCAACUUCCCGCCCUACGGCAGGGACUUCGCCAACCACGCCGCCACGGGGCGGUUCUGCAACGGCAAGCUCGCCACCGACAUCACCGCCGACACGCUGGGGUUCACCACCUACCCGGCGGCGUACCUCAGCCCGCAGGCGUCCGGGCAGAACCUUCUGAUCGGCGCCAACUUCGCGUCUGCAGGAUCCGGAUACUACGACCACACGGCACUCAUGUAUCACGCGAUCCCGCUGUCCCAGCAGCUGGAGUACUUCAAGGAGUACCAGUCGAAGCUGGCGGCGGUGGCCGGCGCCGGGCAGGCCCGGUCCAUCGUCACCGGCGCGCUGUACAUCAUCAGCUUCGGCGCGAGCGACUUCGUCCAGAACUACUACAUCAACCCCCUGCUCUUCAAGACCCAGACCGCCGACCAGUUCUCCGACCGCCUCGUCGGCAUCUUCAGCAACACCGUCUCGCAACUCUACGGCAUGGGGGCGCGGCGCAUCGGCGUGACGUCGCUGCCGCCGCUGGGGUGCCUCCCGGCGUCGAUCACGCUGUUCGGGCACGGCGGCGACGGGUGCGUGGCGAGGCUCAACCGCGACUCCCAGAGCUUCAACCGGAAGAUGAACGCCACCGUCGACGCGCUGUCGAGCCGGUACCCGGACCUCAAGAUCGCCGUCUUCGACAUCUACACGCCCCUCUACGACCUCGCCACCGACCCGCAGGCGCAGGGCUUCACGGAGGCGCGGCGAGGGUGCUGCGGAACGGGGACGGUGGAGACGACGGUGCUCCUCUGCAACCCCAAGUCGGUGGGCACGUGCCCCAACGCCACGUCCUACGUGUUCUGGGACGCCGUCCACCCGUCGGAGGCGGCCAACCAAGUCAUCGCCGACUCGCUCAUCACCGAGGGCCUCGUCCUCGUCACGUGAACCACUCGCUCGGUCACCGGAGUUGCUGCUGCUGCUGCUGCAUCUGUUUGUGUCCAGGGCAGUGUCCUUAGACGAAACAGGCUACAUCAUUGUGCGCAUCCUGUGAGAAAAUAACGUUUGGUGAAUCGUAGGGGGGCAGGGUUUAUUUGCUUCAAACAGUACAAUAACAUUUACUUGGCGUCUCUGGGUUCUGAAGAGUCUGUAAAAUUACUCUUUUUCUGGGUUUUGAAAUUUAACUGUAAAAUGUUAAUGUCUCCGGAAAGUACUAUAAGGCACUUUCGAAAUGAACUCUUUGUUGCCUUUA